AUGAAAGGCCAUUUCCCAUACAGAAGCGUCUAUAUGCUGAUAAAGGAAAACGUGGAAAAAGGAAAUUUGCCGAACCGUGACAUGACAGCGAAAGAGCUAUCAGAAGCUUUGGACGUGGAUUUGGAUACGGUUGUUGAAGCCCUUGUAGAAAUGGACAAGCUGAAUUUGGACCUUGUUGCUGAUGAGAAGCCACUGGAUCAAGAGCAUAUCUUGAAGACAGUUGCGUUAUUCAACUGUAAGCCACGAUUAGCGCUUCGACCACGAAAAAAAGCUGAGGAUGAAACGGAUGAUGUGCUGCCACAGCCACCUCCCAAUCCAAAAGACUGUGUGAAGAGGCCACCUGUAGUAACGAUCAUGGGUCAUGUUGAUCACGGCAAAACGACCUUGCUGGAUGCUAUAAGGAACAGUCACAUCGUUGAUAGCGAGUUUGGUGGAAUUACUCAACACAUUGGAGCUUUUUCGGUUGAUCUCAAAGGCGUAGGCCGUCGUGUAACCUUUCUCGAUACUCCUGGGCAUGCGGCUUUUGCUGCGAUGAGAGCUCGAGGAGCGAAAGGUGCGGACAUUGUAGUACUGGUAGUUGCUGCUGAUGAUGGUGUCAAGGAACAGACAGUGCAGAGCAUCAAAUUUGCUCAGUCAGCUGGUGUUCCCAUUGUCGUUGCGAUCAACAAAUGUGACAAGCCGAAUGCUGAUCCGCUCCGUGCGAAACGUGCUUUGCUCGAGCAUAACAUAGUCACUGAGGACUUGGGUGGAGAUGUGCAGUGUGUGGAAGUAUCGGCUCUACAUGCCAAGAAUUUGCCUGCUUUACAGGAAGCUAUACUCACACAAGCAGAUGUGAUGGGUCUCAAAAGCACUCCUGAAGGUUUGGCUGAGGGAGUCGUCAUUGAAUCAUCGAUUGUGCAUGGCAUAGGGAAGGUAUGUACGGUGGUAGUAACACGUGGAACACUGCGAAAGAAUGCGGUUCUCGUCGCUGGUGGAGCUUUGGGGAGAGUACGUACUAUGACAAAUGAGAAGGGGCAGAAUUUGCAGGAAGCUGGACCAAGUACACCUGUGCGGAUCUCCGGAUGGAAAGAGGAACUGCCAAAUCCAGGAGAGAUAAUUUUGGAAGUAGAAAAUAUGGAUCGAGCCCAUCGUGCUAUCAAAUUUCGCCAUGAGAAAGAGAUGGCCGAGAAAGCGGAAAGAGAUUGGAAAGCCAUUGAAGGGCAACGCAUGGAAGAACGCGAGAAGUAUUUGAUGAACCGACAAAAGAUGUUGAAUUCUGGUUAUCGAUACGGAUCCACCCUUCGAAGAGUGGUACACAAGGAACAUCGACUUGAAAAACCCGCUGAAGAUGAUUUUCCUAAGUUACGGUUGAUGCUGAGGACGGAUGUCGAGGGAACUCUGGAGGCUAUACUUAAUGUCACGGAAACAUACACAAGUGAAAAAUGCAAUUUUCAAGUUGUGGAAUUUGGAGUAGGCCCACCAACAAAUAUGGACAUAGAGAUUGCAAAAGAAACUGGGGCCCUGAUCUACCUCUUCAACGUACAACCGCCGCCAGCUAUACGACAACAGGCUGAGCAGGAAGGUGUCCGAAUUGAGCAGUUCAAUGUGAUCUAUCGACUUGUGGAGGCUCUGAAGAAUGAGUUAUCGGCUCAGCUACCUACUGUUACCGAAAUGGAACUUGUUGGGGAAGGACAUGUGCUGAAAGAAUUCCUGAUCUCCGAUCGCAAUCGGAAGAAGCAACCCAUUGCUGGUGUACUUGUUGACUGGGGCAAUUUCCAAAAAAACUGUGUAUUCAAAUUCGUGCGAAAAGGAACCAUCAUCUAUGAAGGUGGUAUAGAAUCAAUGAAGCAUGAGGCAGAAAUGGUCUCAAGUGCUACCACUAACACAGAGGUUGGAAUCGCAAUCGAAGACAAAAGCGUACGUUUCAAGGAAGACGACACAGUGGAAGUGUACAAUAAAAAGCAAGUGCCUCAAACAAUCGACUGGUACCCACCUGGAUUCUAGGUCGGAAAUGCAGCGCGAUAAAGAUUGCCGGGGCUUGUUUAUAGAAAAUAGUCAGUAGUGCAGUGAUAGGUUUUAAAUUGUUAGUAAAGCUUCUUAAUCUUGUUAUAUUGUUGAUAUAAAAGUAUUUUUAUUGUACAUAUUGCUCAAAUAAAUUAUCUCUGAUGAA